AUGGCUAUACGGCUUUGGAAGGACCCGGACACUGAGUUCUGCGAUGACCCGCCCGGAUGGGAAGGGGGCAUGACGGCAGACAGUAAUCCUAAUGUUGCGUUCUUGAUGAUGGAAACUGAUGCAUCCAAAGACGAGUGGGGCUGGGCGCCAAUGUACUGGAAUAGUGAGAUAGGGAAUGUUUGGGCUGUUCGGGAAGAUGGGCAGGAUCUGGCUGUGAAUGAUGUCGCAAUGAUGUGCCAUUUUGCGAGGCGCAAACUGCAGCUGCGGUCGGAGUGGGGCGCUGGGAAAGAAAGCGUGUGUGUCUUAGGGGUAACCUGUUUUCGAAAUCUACUGUACGGCAUGGCAAUCACCUUGAAGUGUCCUAAGUUUGAUGGAGUGCUGAAACAUGGCUUGCAGGGCGCCCACCGUGCAAGCGGCAACUCCGCCAGUGACCAGGCGUGUGACAUGGAUGUCGAAUGGAAAAGGAUGCUUCGGGAGCGCUUAGACGUACAUGGCGAGGCGCACGAAAAUGCCCAAGUCAUUCUGGACGGAUAUGUACCUCGUGGAACCGGAAAAUCCAGCUUCAGUCUUUCACUGGCGGGGGAAUUUGAACUUGAUAUUUAUACGCUACAAUUGUCCGGUAUUUCGGACAGCAAGCUGAUGAAGCUAUUUGCUGAGCUUCCACCGCACUGUAUCGUUCUCCUGGAGGACGUUGACGCCGCUGGGAUGGGACGAAGGGACGGUGCAGAUGCAGACCAAGAAAGCAAUUCAGGCUCUAGAGUCACCCCCUCUGGUCUUCUUAAUGUUCUUGAUGGUGCGUCAUCUCAAGAAGGUCGGGUGCUCAUUAUGACAACCAACCACAUCGAACAUUUGGACGAAGCACUCAUUCGGCCUGGCCUCUUCAAGCAGACGCCCGGCCACAAGCAAUCCAAGAGACAAUUCGGUGAUGAGACGAUUGAGAGACUUGCCGACAACUUUGCUUCCAAGGUGCCAGACCAAUUUUUCAGUCCAGCUGAAGUUUUGUCGUUCCUGAUGGAGCAGAAGAACUCGCCUUUUGGUGCUGUUACUGGUGUUGAAACCUGGGUGGCAAAGGCAAAGGAGGCAGUGAGCCAACUGAAGAGGGAGAGUUCUUGGGUGCAAUAA